GCCCCGGGAAGACCAGCAAGAUGACGCACCAGUGCCCUGCGCUCACCCCAGAGCAGAAGAAGGAGCUCUCGGACAUUGCCCAGCGGAUCGUGGCCCCGGGCAAGGGGAUCCUGGCCGCAGAUGAGUCCGUGGGAAGCAUGGCCAAGCGCCUCCACCAGAUCGGGGUGGAGAACACCGAGGAGAACCGGCGGCUCUACCGGCAGCUGCUCUUCAGCGCCGACAGCCGGAUCAAGAAGUGCAUCGGCGGCGUCAUCUUCUUCCACGAGACCCUGUACCAGAAGACGGACGACGGCACCCCCUUCGUGGAGCUGAUCCAGAGCAAGGACAUCGUCGUGGGCAUCAAGGUGGACAAAGGUGUGGUGCCGCUCGCCGGGACGGACGGGGAAACCACCACCCAAGGCCUGGACGGGCUCUCGGAGCGCUGCGCUCAGUACAAGAAGGACGGCGCGGACUUCGCCAAGUGGCGCAGCGUGCUCAAGAUCAGCGAGAACACCCCCUCCGCCCUGGCCAUCGCGGAGAACGCCAACGUCCUGGCCCGCUACGCCAGCAUCUGCCAGCAGAACGGCAUCGUGCCCAUUGUGGAGCCGGAGAUCCUGCCCGACGGCGAGCACGACCUGAAGCGCUGCCAGUACGUGACGGAGAAGGUCCUGGCCGCGGUGUACAAGGCGCUGAGCGACCACCACGUCUACCUGGAAGGCACCCUGCUGAAGCCCAACAUGGUGACGCCAGGCCACGCCUGCCCCAUCAAGUACAGCCCCGAGGAGAUCGCCAUGGCCACGGUGACGGCCUUGCGGCGCACCGUGCCCCCCGCCGUCCCAGGCGUGACCUUCCUGUCGGGCGGGCAGAGCGAGGAGGAGGCGUCCGUCAACCUCAACGCCGUCAACACCUGCCCGCUGCCCCGGCCCUGGGCCCUGACCUUCUCCUACGGCCGCGCCCUGCAGGCCUCGGCCCUCGGCGCCUGGCGGGGCCAGCGGGAGAACGAGAGCGCCGCCACCGAGGAGUUCGUCAAGCGGGCCGAGAUCAACGGCCUGGCGGCGCUCGGCAACUACGAAGGCGGCGGCGAGGACGACUCUGGCGCCGCGGGGCAGUCGCUGUACGUGGCCAACCACGCCUACUGA